UCAGGAAAAUCGAAACUAGAGCGAACUAACAAGUUGUGUGUGUUAUUCUCACUGCAAGACGGAAAUUCUGCCUGAAUCAAGUGAAAUUAUCCAGAUGUUUUCCAGAUGUUUUCCAGAAGUACCAAGGUAAAGAUGGAUAAGAUCUACCGCCUACUGGAAAAACACAGACUGGAAAGAUUGUACAAACCAUUCUUUGACUUUGGAGUGAGAGAUGAAAGAGACUUUCUUGAUGGGAUCGCUGAUGAAGAUCUAAACAGUAUUGGUUUAACUCAAGUGGAGAAGAACCGGUAUAAAAACAUGCUGGAUGUAAUUAGAAGGCUUGGAAACGGUGCCGAAAUGACUGUCACAAAGUCAGUGGAAGAAUUUUGUCUUUUUUAUUCAUUUCCCAAGUGCCCUGAGGCCAGAGAGCUAAGAGACUUGGAUCCAGCACAAAAUACUGUGGAAGAUCUUAUACUCCGAAUUGGCCAUCAGGAGGGCAUUGAUAACAGCAUGGGUGUUUGCCUUUUCACUGCCGAGGGAAUGCCACUCACUGACGAUCCUUUUUUCAACACAUGGUCAUUAAAUGACAGGCACGUAGAGAAAGGGAGUCAUCUCUAUGUCAUAUUCACACCCAAAGAGAAUCUUGAGAUGCAACGACAAACACAGAUAGCCUGGAACAACACAGGGAUGGACACAGUGCGCUGUCACAUUAUGUUGAGGGGUAACUAUGAAAUCAAAAUAGACUUGGAAAGUCAAACAUUGGCCGAUCUGAGACAAGGACUGGCUCACGCAAGUGGAAUAUCGCCACAUGUGCUACAUUUAAGGGAUGUACCAUGGAGUGAUGACCCACUGAAAGACAUUGGGAUAAAUGAGGAAUCCCUGGUGCACUUUUUCUUAUCCUCGUUUAAUCAGGAGUGUCCAAGUUUUGAUGAUUUUUUCAUGGCUGAUAUCGAGCCUUCUGUUCAGCAGACUGUAAAGGGCCUAAGUGUCUUCUUUUCGACUUUAUACUCCAUCAGAAUGAAAGAACAUGGAGAAAAAUCCAAAAAUGUGGUGGCUUAUAUCCGCAGACUCACUGGAUGUCAUGCCCUUGCUCAGAUUUUGCAUCAGGUCAUGUGCAGGAAUGAAACGGGGACCAAAGUACAGAAGAUUGUCCUUGUGGAAGGACUGUACACCCUUUUCAGAGAGCUGUUGCCCAGUCGCACGUCACAAUCAUGCGACAUGAUCGUUGAAGACAAUGAAGUUUUUGAGUACUCUGCUGAAUGCUGGGGCUAUCUCUUCUCUCAGUCUCAGGAGGAGACCAUAGAGCAUGAAAACUUUGCUCCAAUGUUCUUGACUUGCCCCACCACAGGGAAACGGUUUUCAGAAGCUGUACGAAUUGCCAACCUACCAGACAUUUGUGAACGAUCUGCUGUUCUGCAGGCAAUAGAAGAUGGGGAAAAAAUGCCAAACUGCUCUAUGGAGGACAUGAGACAGUCCAUCAAGAAAGACACUACAAUGGAGAAAAUCAUCCUCAGCAUCCCACCGAUGAUGAAGACUUACCCGCUGUGGCUCUCCUAUGCACAUGUGCCUGGCAGCAACUUUAGGAUCAAUCCAGAGAUGUCAUUUUCUCAGAUGAAGGAGGGUUUGGAUUCAUAUCCACACUUGCAAGUCACUCCCCCAUUGCAACUAAAAAAUGGUGGUGUUGAAGCACCAUGCCUUAUAAAUCUCUCAGAGAACAGCCUUGGUGUGUAUGCUCAGAACCCCAAGGGAGGUGAGGAUGUUUCUAUUUUCAAUUGCCUCUCUGGGAAACAAGAGACAGUGAAUUUACAGAAAUUGGCAGAAAGACUAGGAGAUAACAGGACAGACCAAUCAGUCAGGACGACUAAAACCCCAAAAGAGGCAAUAAUGGUUCUUUUGGAUACCAGUAGUUCUAUGAGCAAAGAAUGCUACUCGGAAACCAAAAUGAGAAAGCUUGAUGCUGUGAAACAGCUGUUUUAUGCCUUUGCAAACAGAAGCAUGGCGUAUGAUUUCCCACAUCUGAUCAGUCUGGUGACUUUUGGGACAGGAGUCAAAAUUAUGCACAGGUUUACAGAAAACCUGGAGAAAUUCAAGGAACAUGUUCAGAGUCUUCAGGCAGAUGGAUGUACACCGCUAUAUGAUGCAUUAGCUAAAAGUGCUUCUGAGUUGAGCAAAAUUAGAGCAACAUUUCCUGAGUGCCGUCUACGUGUCAUAUGUUUAACAGAUGGAAAUGAUGAAGGGUCAAACAGUACCGCUGUUUCUGUAGUGAACAAGUUGUUGAGUAACAGCAUUGUGGUUGAUGGCAUCCUGGUAGGAGAAGUCGUUAACAAUGUACUGCAUGGGAUCAGCAACGUAACAGGAGGUUGCUGUUUUAAACCAGACACAAGCAAAAUGGCUCUGAAGCUCUUUGAAAUGGAAACAGUCCUCUCUCUGGAAAGCAGGAAACUCAAGCCAAAAUCUACAUCAGCCAUCCAGACUGAAGAUGAGUUAACAACAAUCUUUGAAACCCUCGGCUAUGAUGUGACGCCACAGGUGAACUUGCCCCCAGGAAUAGAGAGUAAAGUGGUGGUGACUGAGGAUGCUCUGAAGAAAAAGAUUCUGGAAUCAAAGACGACACGCUUCAUGGAGAAGGACCGACGCAUCAUGGAGGAGCUGAAAAGCCUGCACUGCGAUCCCCAUCCCUACUGUUCAGUCUUCCCCUCAGACACGGACUUCACAUUUUGGAAGAUCCUGAUGCAGGGCCCUCCAGAGACUCCGUAUGAGAACGGAGUUUUUGAACUCUACUGUCAGUUUGGGGACUCCUAUCCUGUGAAACCGCCUCUUGUGCGUUUUAUCACACCAAUGUACCACUGCAAUAUCAACAAUGUUGGACGGAUCUGUCACAACAUAUUUGAUCGUAACUACUCUGCUAACAUCACCAUGAGGGAGAUCCUGAAUGCAGUGUACGGCCUCCUCAUAGCCCCAGAGCCUGAUGAUCCUUUAGACAGUGUCUUAGCAGAAGAGUUUAUGUUGAAUCCCGACACGUAUAAAGAAGAGGCCCAGAAAAACACAGAAGUCGCUGCCAAGACAACGAUGUAUGAUAUGGAAAAGAAACUGCUGGGUUCAGAUGCUCAGCAGUCAUUUGUGCCCCCUCACUUGAUAUGUCCGUUGACAAAGAAGAUGUUUGUUGAUCCUGUAAAAACAACAUAUGGCACUGCCUAUGAGCGACGAGCAAUCGAAAAUUACCUGAAGGAAACCAAAACGGACCCAAUCUCUGGCGCCGCUCUUGAUGAAAACUGCCUGAAGCCAGAUACAAACAUUAAAUGUGCUGUGAAAAACUAUCGAGCUGAACAAAUUAAGGAUUAAAUGAAGGAGACGUUGCCCUGAAUGGUGCAACAUAUGAGUAAUGAACGUCUUAAACGAGUUGCUUUGACUUGUAAAGCUUCAUUAAGGAGUGUAGAAUUCCAAACAAAUUCCAGAGGCACACUGUUUUUUAUAGUUAAAAAGCCUUUAAUUUAGGUGGGCUUACUGUACGCGUUGCGACAAAAAAUGUCUUCAUCAGAGCAUGGUGCAAGCAAUUUAACUAUAAAAAGCAGUGUGCCUUUGGAACUUUUUGGUUAGACGUAGCCUACACUCCUUAAUGAAGCUUUACAAGUCAAAACAACUCUUUUAAGACGUGAAGAAGAGAGAGAGAGAGAGAGAAUCAGUGACAAAGCACUUCUGACCACCAACCUUUUUUGGUAUUUGAGGAUAUAUGAAUAAUGAAGACAAACUUAGAUCUUUACACUUCACAUUUAACAAGAGAUGAGCAAUAUAAUAUCACAGCAAUAUAAUCAUGCAUGCAAUUUAUAUUUGGAAAAUGACAUAAAGUGAAGUGAAAUUCACAUAACUCAGGACUUAACUUUUCUGUCAACAGUCCUUUUUCUAUCAACAUUUUAUUUUGAAUUGUAUGGGAUGUAGAGCAUUAAAAAAAAUAGCCUAGCCUUCACUGUCAGAGCUUCUCAGAUCUCUUAUCAAGAAAAAUGGCUUCUACCUGGGCCUGUUUCGCCUUUGCCUAAUUGCAGCGUGAUGGCCUUCUAGUGAAAUACUUUUCCUGAGUUGUGAACCUACAUAAUCUUGUAGGCAGUUGAGUUCUGAUAUCUUUACUCAAGUUUUACAAAUAUCCUUCAAUGUGAUUUGCACAACAAUGUUUUGUAUGCUUAGGCCUGAUAGAUUCUGAAAUGGAAUUUGUUAGUGGUUGAAGUGAAGAUAUUUUAUUUUCAUUUUGAAUUUCAUUUCCUUCUUUUGUGACGAUUGUGUUUGGGUUUAAUUUGUGUUGUCUACUUUCUUUCCAUAUUCACGUUAAGCACUAAAACUUGACUGUUUGGAGUUGGAUGUUUAGACUAGGCUACUCCCCACUGUCUGGUUGGAAGAUGACGAUGAUAAAUAAACUAAACAAAAUGA